UACUACAAACAUUAAAAUUCAGAUCUUCAGUGGCCAGGGAACGAAACCCAGCGUGGACAAUGAAAUCUACUCACCAGAUUCUCUUAACCGUCCUGGUGUUUUCAACGUUUGUUGUUUUCGUCCAAUCGGCUAACGGUUAUUAUGUAAGUAGGUCAGCCGAUGACAGGGUCAUAGUGACCCCUGAUGCCAGCCAGAACCUGACCUGGUGGCAGAAAGCUGUCUUCUACCAGAUCUACCCCAGGUCAUUCAAAGACUCGGACGGUGAUGGUGUAGGGGACAUCAGAGGAAUAAUCUCCAAGCUGGAUUAUCUCGUCGACCUCGGCAUCGACUGCGUCUGGUUGAGUCCCGUCUGUAGAUCUCCCAUGAAAGAUUUCGGCUAUGACUGUUCGGACGCCGGAGACAUCGACCCGAUUUUCGGAGAUCUUGGCGACUUCAAAGACCUUGUACAAGCGGUUCACGACAAAGGUCUGAAGCUGAUCGUUGACUUUGUGCCCGGCUACACGAGUGACCAGCACGUCUGGUUCCAGAAGAGCGUCAGGCGGGAAGGGAAGUACACAGACUUCUACGUCUGGGACGAUGGUCGUCUGCUGGACAACGGCACCAGGACCCCGCCCAACAACUGGCUUUCCAUAUUUGGGGGCUCGGCGUGGCAGUGGAACGACCAGAGACAACAGUUUUAUUACCACGUCUUCAUUAAGGAAGCUCCGGAGCUUAACCACAGGAACUCUUAUGUCGAGUGGGAGCUAAAGAGUCUCCUCCGCUUCUGGCUUGACCUUGGCGUCGAUGGGUUCCGUGCCGACGCCAUCACCGCAAUCCUGACGGCCGCCAACCGUUCUUUAAACGAACCCUUGUCAGGCAAGGACGUGCCACCAUUCCAGGAAGACUACUUGGACCAUAUCUACACCCUGAACCAGCCUGAGAUUGCUCCUAUCUUGAAAGGCUGGUACGAUAUUUUGGCUGAGUACACAAACAAGGACGGUCUAGAGAGAUAUAUGGUUCUGGAGACGUAUGCCACCCAUGAGAUUCGCAACGCCCUCUACGCCCAAGGGGCGGGCAACCCCUUCAACUUUGACUUCAUCGAUAUGAACCGGCCACCGACGUCACGAGAAAUAUUCCAGACUGUCAUGGCGGAAUACGGGAACUUGACGCAAGGGAAAUGGCCAAACUUUGUGCUUGGUAACCAUGACAACCCACGUGUGAGUGCCAGGAACGGCGCCAGGUACGUGGACGUGUACAACAUGCUAGUGCUGACCCUCUGGGGCACGCCCACCACCUACUACGGGGAGGAGCUGGGCAUGCUGCAGGCGAACAUCACGUGGGAGGAGACAGUUGACCCGUGGGGGCUGAACUUUGGCCCGAACCGCUACACGGAAUUCUCCCGGGACCCGGAAAGAACGCCGAUGCAAUGGACGAACGACACAACAGCCGGCUUUACGACCGGCAACUCUACCUGGCUGCCUCUAGCUGAGAACUACACCUUGCUGAAUGUUCAGACAGAGUCCGACAGCAGCCGACAGUCCAGCCUACAACUAUACAAACAGCUGACUACGUUAAGAAAAAACCCAGUGUUUUUACAAGGAGUGUUCGAGGAGGCCACCGUGGACAGCAACAUUGUGUCUUACAUCAGACAUCUUGGCGCCGAGAAGUUUCUGGUGGUUUUAAACUUUGGUCAGCAGACGACAGUGGACAUGACGUCAUUUGGCGGGCUAAUGGCGCAGGCAGUGGUUACGUCACCAGGUGUGAAGGAGGUCAAGGUGGGUCAACAGGUCGACCUUUCGCGUGUAAAUCUGGAUGCUGGAAAUGGGAUUAUAUUUCAAGUUUCUCCUGAUGCUGUUAUUGUAGGAUAGGUCAUU